AUGAAGUCAUUCUCCAUUGCCUUGAGCAUGCUGGCCGCGGCCAGCAUGGCCUCCGCCGCCGGUGUCUCUGCUUCAGACUGCGCUCAAAUGUGUGUCAGCAAUAUGAAGGCCAAGGCUUCCGAGCUUGGAUGUUCUGCCAACGACAUGGCUUGCCUGUGCAAGAGCGAGGACUUCUCGAACGGCAUUCGCGACUGCACCACGGAGGCCUGCCCCAGUGACAACGCUCAACAAGUCCUUUCUGAGGCUCUCAAGUCAUGCCCUAGCGGCUCUGGCUCUGAUUCCUCGUCCACUGCCUCUGGCUCAGGCUCCGACUCCAGCUCCACUUCUGAUUCUGGAUCUGGAUCUCAAACUUCCACCGGCUCUGCUAGCGGAUCAACAGACUCCAUGAUGACCGGUACCUCAAGCUCAACCGGUGGCUCCAACACCAACUCCGGCACGUCAAUGACAAAGACUGGCUCCAACACCAGCGGCAUGGGUAACAUGAGCGGCAGCGGAAGUAUGACUGCCACAGCCACUGGUUCCAUGGGCACCGGUGCCUCAACCCUCAUUACCACCACCAUUUCUGGCAUGGCUACCACAGAGACCCUGGGAGGUGACUCUGCUACUUCAACCGGCUCUGGCUCUGGCUCUGGAUCCGACUCUUCUAGCUCUGGCUCCGACUCUGGAUCUGGAUCUUCCACCACCGAUGGCUCUGGAUCUAACUCCGCUGCGCCCUCUACUAGCACUGCUGGUGCUCACCCUAUGGCCACUGUUGGCAGCGGUGCUUUCGGUGCUCUCGGUCUGGCUGCUAUGCUCGUUCUGUAA